CUUUCCUCAUUGACUAAGCUUGUGUCUUCUGCGGCGCUCUGCUUCUUUCCUGCCCCUUCUCCUGUUCCCCUCUGAAUGACCGUGUGGAGUUGGCGGCGGCGGAAGCAGGCAAAGCAUGGAGCUAAAGCGGCCACCACGGAGUUUCCCUCGAGAACGGACUUGCUUCUCGUCGCUGGCGCUGCUGCUGCUGCCUGUGCUGCUGGGGCUGCUGCUCUCGCUGUCCCAAGUGGCCCAGGGGGCCGCGAGGUAUUACCCCCGCUUCUCGCCUUUCUUUUUCCUCUGCACCCACCACGGGGAGUUGGAAGGGGAUGGGGAGCAAGGAGAGGUGCUCAUUUCCCUCCACAUUGCUGGGAACCCAACCUUCUAUGUGCCGGGACAAGAAUAUCAUGUGACUAUUUCAACAAGCACCUUUUUUGAUGGCUUAUUGGUCACGGGACUCUAUACGUCUACCAGUGUUCAAGCUUCACAAAGUAUUGGCGGGUCCAGUGCUUUUGGAUUUGGAAUAAUGUCUGAUCACCAGUUUGGAAAUCAGUUCAUGUGCAGUGUGGUUGCAUCACACGUAAGCCAUCUACCAACAACAAAUCUCAGUUUUGUUUGGAUUGCCCCACCUGCAGGAACGGGCUGUGUGAAUUUUAUGGCAACAGCUACUCACAGGGGCCAAGUUAUAUUCAAGGAUGCCUUAGCCCAGCAGUUGUGUGAACAGGGAGCUCCAACAGAAGCUCCUUUGCAUCCUCUUUUAGCUGAAAUGCACAGUGAAAGCAUUAUACUACGAGAUGACUUUGAUUCUUAUCAGCUGCAAGGACUGAAUCCUGCAAUGUGGUUUGAAUGCAGUAAUUGUGAGAUUGGAGGCCAGUGUGGUGUAAUUAUGCAUGGCAAUGCUGUCACUUUCUGUGAGCCAUAUGGGCCAAGAGAAUUGAUUACAAAUGGCCUCAAUACAACCACAGCUUCUGUGCUUCAGUUUUCGAUUGGGUCAGGUUCAUGUCGUUUUAGUUAUUCAGAUCCCGACAUUGUUGUGUCCUACUCAAAGAAUAAUUCCGCAGAUUGGAUUCAGUUGGAGAAAAUUAGAGCUCCUUCAAAUGUCAGCACUAUCAUCCACAUUCUUUACCUUCCUCAAGAAGCCAAAGGAGAAAAUAUUCAGUUUCAAUGGAAACAGGAAUUUGUACAUGCUGGUGAUGUAUAUGAAGCCUGCUGGGCAUUGGACAAUAUUUUGAUCAUAAAUGCAGCUCACAGACAAAUUGUUUUAGAAGAUAAUCUUGAUCCUGUGGACACAGGCAACUGGCUGUUCUUCCCUGGAGCCACCAUUAAGCAUAGCUGUCAGUCAGAUGGGAAUGCAAUUUAUUUCCAUGGAACUGAAGGCAGUGAGUUAAAUUUUGCCACAACACGAGAUGUGGAUCUUUCCACUGAAGAUGCCCAGGAGCAAUGGGCAGAAGAGUUUGAGAGCCAGCCCAAAGGGAUCCCUGCCUCAUUCAAUGCACAGGAUGGACGGUGUUCAGAGAAUGGGUGGGAUAUAUCUGGAGCUGUCAUUGGUACUGAAUGUGGAACCCUGGAAUCUGGUUCAUCAGUUGUGUUCCUCAGAGAUGGAGAGAGAAAAUUAUGUACUCCAUAUAUGGACACUACAGGUUAUGGAAAUCUGAGAUUUUAUUUCAGUAUGGGUGGAAGCUGUGAUACUGGAGAAGCCCAUGAAAAUGAUGUCAUGCUUUAUGCAAAGAUUGAAGGAAGAAAGGAUCACAUAAAUCUGGAUAUGAUGACUUAUGCUUCUUACAGGGUUCCAUCUUUGGUUUCGGUUGUCAUCAGUCCAGAACUUCAAACUCCAACUACCAAAUUCUGCCUCAAGCAAAAGAACCAUCAAGGUCAUAACAGAAAUGUCUGGGCAGUUGACUAUUUCCAUGUCCUGCCAGUUCUUCCUUCCACAGUGACUCAUAUGAUCCAGUUUUCUAUUAACCUGGGCUGUGGAACCCACCAACCAGGCAACAGUGUCAGUUUGGAAUUCUCCACUAACCAUGGUCGUUCCUGGACCUUACUUCACUCAGAAUGUUUGCCAGAGAUAUGUGCUGGAUCUCACCUUCCUCACAGCACAGUGUAUGCCUCUGAAAACUACAGCGGAUGGAACCGAAUCACUAUUCCCCUUCCAAAUGCAGCGUUAACCAAAAAUACCAGGAUUCGAUGGAGACAAACAGGACCAAUCCUUGGAAACAUGUGGGCAAUUGACAACAUUUACAUUGGGCCAUCUUGUCUCAAAUUUUGCUCGGGGAGAGGACAAUGCACUCGAACUGGCUGCAAAUGUGAUCCUGGCUUUUCAGGACCUGCAUGUGAAAUGGCCUCCCAGACUUUCCCUAUGUUUAUCUCUGAGAGCUUUGGCAAUUCCAGACUUUCUUCAUAUCACAACUUUUACUCUAUUCGUGGUGCUGAAGUCAGUUUCGGCUGUGGAGUCCUAGCAAGUGGCAAAGCCUUAGUUUUUAACAGAGAUGGGAGGCGCCAACUUAUCACUUCCUUUCUUGACAGCUCACAGUCCAGAUUCCUCCAGUUCACUCUGCGUCUUGGAAGCAAAUCUGUCUUGAGUACCUGCAAAGCACCUGAUCAGCCUGGAGAAGGAGUCUUACUGCACUACUCGUAUGAUAAUGGGAUUACAUGGAAACUGCUGGAGCAUUAUUCCUAUCUUAACUAUCAUGAACCAAGAAUAAUUUCAGUGGAACUACCAGAAGAUGCAAAACAAUUGGGCAUUCAGUUCCGAUGGUGGCAGCCAUAUCAUUCUUCUCAAGGCGAGGAUGUGUGGGCUAUUGAUGAAAUCAUCAUGACUUCUGUACUUUUUAAUAGCAUUAGCCUUGACUUCACUAACCUGGUGGAAGUUACUCAGUCUCUUGGAUUCUACUUAGGAAAUGUGCAACCAUACUGUGGCCAUGACUGGACACUUUGUUUUACAGGAGAUUCUAAACUAGCUUCUAGUAUGCGCUAUGUGGAAACACAAUCUAUGCAAAUUGGAGCAUCAUAUAUGAUACAGUUCAACUUGGUGAUGGGCUGUGGGCAGCAGUAUGCUCCUCAUAUGGACAACCAGGUGAAACUGGAAUAUUCCACUAACCAUGGCCUUACUUGGCAUCUGGUUCAAGAAGAAUGUCUUCCAAGUAUGCCUAGCUGUCAGGAAUUUACAGCAGCAAGUAUCUACCAUUCCAGUGAAUAUACACAGUGGAGAAGAAUCACAGUCCUUUUACCUCAGAAAACAUGGUCCAGUGCUACACGUUUCCGCUGGAGUCAGUGCUACUACACAGUACAAGAUGAGUGGGCUUUGGACAACAUCUACAUUGGGCAGCAAUGCCCACACAUGUGUAAUGGACAUGGCUGGUGUGAACAUGGUGUUUGCAGGUGUGAUACUGGAUACCAAGGCACUGAAUGUCACCCUGAAAAUAAUCUCCCUUCUACUAUAAUGUCUGAUUUUGAAAGUCCAAACAGUUUUGAAACAGAAUGGCAGGAAGUAAUUGGUGGAGAGAUUGUAAAACCAGAGCAAGGCUGUGGGGUCAUUUCAUCGGGAUCAUCUCUCUAUUUCAACAAGGCUGGAAAGAGGCAAUUGGUGAGCUGGGAUUUGGAUACCACAUGGGUAGACUUUGUUCAGUUCUACAUUCAGAUAGGUGGGGAGAGUUCUUCCUGCAACAAACCAGACAGCAGAGAAGAAGGUGUGCUACUACAGUACAGUAACAAUGGAGGUAUCAGCUGGCAUCUACUGGCAGAAAUGUACUUCUCUGACUUCAGCAAAUCCAGAUUUGUCUACCUUGAGCUUCCUGCUGCUGCAAAGACUCCCUGUACCAGGUUCCGCUGGUGGCAACCAAUAUUUUCAGGGGAAGGAUAUGACCAGUGGGCUAUUGAUGACAUCAUCAUUCUUUCAGAAAAGCUGAAGCAGAUCAUCCCUGUGGUUAACCCCACUUUACCUCAGAACUUUUAUGAGAAGCCAGCAUUUGAUUACCCUAUGAACCAGCUCAGUGUGUGGCUGAUGUUAGCUAAUGAAGGGAUACCCAAAAAUGAAUCUUUUUGUUCUGCCACUCCAUCAGCGAUGAUAUUUGGGAAAUCAGAUGGCAAUCGUUUUGCAGUGACUCGGGAUUUGACACUAAAACCAGGAUAUGUCCUUCAGUUCAAGCUGAACAUAGGUUGCACAGAUCAGUUCAGCAGUGCUGCUCCAGUGCUCCUUCAGUAUUCCCAUGACGCUGGCCUGUUCUGGUCAUUAGUGAAGGAAGGCUGCUACCCAGCAUCUCCUGGGGUCAAAGGAUGUGAAGGAAGCUCCCGGGAACUGACUGAGCCAACCAUGUAUUACACCGGAGACUUUGAAGAGUGGACAAGAAUUACCAUUGUCAUCCCAAGAUCUCUUGCAUCCAGUAAGACCAGAUUCCGCUGGAUCCAAGAAAGCAGCUCCCAAAAGAGUGUACCCCCCUUUGGCUUAGAUGGCGUAUAUAUCUCAGAGCCAUGUCCCAAUUAUUGCAGCGGUCAUGGAGAUUGCAUCUCUGGAGUCUGUUUUUGUGACUUGGGCUAUACAGCCUCCCAUGGGACCUGUGUGUCGAAUGUACCUAAUCACAGUGAGAUGUUUGACAGAUUUGAGAGGAAACUGAGCCCCCUCUGGUACAAGAUAACUGGAGGCCAGGUUGGAAAUGGCUGUGGGAUACUCAGUGAUGGAAAAUCUCUUUACUUCAGUGGACCUGGCAAAAGAGAAGCAAGAACAGUCCCUCUGGAUACUACAAGUAUCAGACUAGUUCAGUUUUAUGUGCAGAUUGGAAGCAAAACAAUUGGUGUAGGCUGCAACAAACCAAGAGCCAGAAAUGAAGGACUUGUAGUUCAGUAUUCAAAUGACAAUGGAAUAAGCUGGUAUUUGCUGAGAGAACUGGACUUCAUGUCUUUCUUAGAGCCACAGAUUGUAUCCAUAGAACUGCCUCGUGAGGCCAAAACAUCAGCCACUGCUUUCCGAUGGUGGCAACCUCAACAUGGGAAACAUUCAGCACAAUGGGCUUUGGAUGAUGUUCUUGUAGGAAUGAAUGACAGCUCUCAGACUGGUUUUCAGGAUAAAUUUGAUGGAUCUGUGGAUUUACAAGCUAGUUGGUACAGAGUCCAAGGGGGUCAAGUAGACGUUGAUUGUCUAUCUAUGGAUACUGCCCUCAUAUUCAGUGAAAAUACAAGAAAACCGCGUUAUGCUGAGACUUGGGAUUUCCAUGUGUCUGACUCCACCUUCAUGCAGUUUGAGCUGAACAUGGGCUGCAGCAAGCCAUUCAGUGAUUCUCAUAGCAUUCACUUCCAGUAUUCCCUAAACAAUGGGAGAGACUGGCACUUAGUGGCUGAGGAGUGUGUUCCUCCCAGGAUAGGCUGUCAACAUUACACUGAGAGUUCAGUUUACACAUCAGAAAGAUUCCAGAACUGGAAACGAAUUACUGUCUACCUUCCUCCUGCAACAAUCUCUCCCAGAACACGCUUCAGAUGGAUUCAACAUGAUUAUGCACCCAAUGGAGAUACAUGGGCUAUUGAUAAUGUCCUCCUGGCCACUGGAUGCCCUUGGAUGUGCUCGGGCCAUGGAAUCUGUGAUGCUGGCCGCUGUGUGUGUGACAGAGGUUUUGGAGGCCCUUACUGUGUUCCUGCUGCUCCUCUUCCUUCUGUUCUGAAAGAUGAUUUCAAUGGUAAUUUACAUCCUGAUCUUUGGCCUGAAGUUUAUGGAGCUGAGAGAGGAAACCUGAAUGGUGACACCAUCAAAUCUGGAACUACCCUCAUCUUUAAAGGGGAAGGGCUGAGGAUGCUCGUUUCAAGAGAUUUAGAUUGUACCAAUACAAUGUACAUCCAGUUUUCACUUAAAUUUUUAGCCAAAGGUACCCCAGAGAGGUCACAUUCCAUUCUGCUUCAAUAUUCCAUCAAUGGUGGUAUCACUUGGCACCUAAUAGAUGAAUUUUACUUCACUCAAACAACAGACGUCCUGUUCAUUAAUAUCCCACUGCCAUACACAGCACGAAUCAAUGCUACACGGUUCAGGCUCUGGCAGCCUUACAACAAUGGUAAGAAAGAAGAAAUCUGGAUUCUAGAUGAUUUCAUUAUUGGUGGAAACAACCUUAAGAAUCCUGUUAUCCUUCUGGAUACCUUUGACUUUGGUCCAAAAGAAGAGAACUGGUUUUUCUAUCCUGGUGGCAACAUUGGUCUUUAUUGUCCAUAUUCUUCCAAAGGAGCUCCGGAGGAAGAUUCUGCUAUGGUAUUUGUUUCAAAUGAAGUUGGGGAACACGCAAUUACAACAAGGGAUUUGAAUGUGAAUGAGAACACCAUAAUCCAAUUUGAGAUUAAUAUUGGAUGCACCACUGAUAGCUCAUCUGCUGACCCUGUGAAACUUGAGUUCUCACGAGAUUUGGGGGCAACCUGGCACCUGCUUCUUCCUUUAUGUUAUAGUAGCAGCAGCUACCUCAGCUCUCUAUGCUCUACUGAGCAUCAUCCAAGCAGCACUUACUAUGCUGGGACGACCCAGGGCUGGCGAAGAGAGGUCAUCCACUUUGGAAAGCUACACUUAUGUGGAUUAGUGAGAUUCAGAUGGUACCAGGGAUUUUAUCCUUCUGGAUCACAACCUGUGACUUGGGCCAUUGACAAUGUAUACAUUGGGCCACAGUGUGAGGACAUGUGUAAUGGACAUGGUAGCUGUGUCAAUGGGACAAAGUGCAUCUGUGAUCCUGGCUAUUCUGGACCAACCUGUAGAAUAAGCACUAAGAAUCCUGACUUCCUCAAGGAUGAUUUUGAAGGUCAACUAGAGUCUGAUAGAUUUUUGCUGGUGAGUGGCGGAAAGCCAUCCAGGAAAUGUGGGAUCAUGUCUGGAGGAAACAACCUCUUCUUUAACGAAGAAGGCUUACGUACGUUGAUGACACGAGAUCUGGAUUUGUCACAAGCCAGGUUUGUGCAAUUCUUCAUGAGACUGGGAUGUGGCAAAGCGAUCCCAGAUCCAAGAAGCCAACCUGUACUGCUACAAUAUUCUCUUAAUGGAGGUCUCACAUGGAACCUUCUUCAGGAAUUUCUCUUUAGUAAUUCAAGCAAUAUUGGGCGGUACGUUGCACUAGAAAUCCCUUUGAAAGCUCGUUCUGCUUCUACCCGACUGCGUUGGUGGCAGCCAUCUGAGAAUGGACAUUUUUACAGCCCAUGGGUAAUUGAUCAGAUCCUUAUUGGUGGAAACAUUUCUGGCAACACAGUCUUGGAAGAUGAUUUCAGUACCCUGGAUAGCAAGAAAUGGCUGCUCCACCCAGGAGGAACAAAGAUGCCAGUGUGUGGUUCUACUGGGGAUGCCCUGGUCUUCAUUGAGAAAGCUAGUACCCGCUAUGUUGUAACCACUGACAUUGCUGUCAAUGAAGAUUCUUUCCUGCAACUAGACUUUGCUGCUUCGUGCUCUGUCACUGAUUCCUGCUAUGCUAUUGAGCUGGAGUAUUCAGUUGACCUUGGUCUGACAUGGCACCCAGUAAUGAGAGACUGCCUCCCCACUAACGUUGAAUGCAGCAAAUACCACCUCCAGAGGAUUCUGGUGUCAGAUACUUUCAACAAAUGGACACGGAUUUCUUUACCACUUCCUCCUUACACCAGGUCUCAGGCAACCCGUUUCCGCUGGCACCAGCCAGCUCCAUUUGACAAGCAGCAAACGUGGGCCAUAGAUAAUGUCUAUAUUGGUGAUGGCUGUAUAGAUAUGUGCAGUGGCCAUGGGAAGUGCACUCAGGGGAAUUGCAUGUGUGAUGAAAAUUGGGGUGGACUAUAUUGUGAUGAGCCAGAGGUACCUCUCCCCACUCAACUUAAAGACAACUUCAAUCGUGCACCAUCCAAUCAGAACUGGUUAACAGUAAAUGGUGGGAAACUUAGCACUGUCUGUGGAGCUGUGGCUUCCGGGAUGGCUCUUCAUUUUAGUGGGGGAUGCAGCCGUUUGCUGGUUACAGUGGAUCUAAACUUAACUAAUGCAGAAUUCGUCCAGUUUUAUUUCAUGUACGGAUGUCUGAUAACUCCCAACAGUCGUAACCAAGGAGUUCUCCUUGAGUACUCUGUGAAUGGUGGCAUUACCUGGACGCUCUUAAUGGAAAUUUUUUAUGAUCAGUUCAGCAAACCUGGCUUUGUAAAUAUUCUCCUUCCUCCUGAUGCCAAAGACGUGGGAACCCGUUUCCGUUGGUGGCAGCCAAAACAUGAUGGUUUGGAUCAGAGUGAUUGGGCUAUUGACAAUGUGCUGAUAUCAGGGUCAGCUGAUCAGAGGACAGUGAUGUUGGACACUUUCAGCAGUGCACCAUUGCCACAGCAUGAACGUUCUCCCGCAGAUGCAGGACCCAUGGGAAGGAUCGCUUUUGAUAUGUUCAUGGAAGACAGGACAACAGUGAAUGAACAUUGGCUGUUCCAUGAUGACUGUUCAAUUGAAAGAUUCUGUGACUCUCCUGAUGGCGUCAUGAUGUGUGGUAGCCAUGAUGGCAGAGAAGUUUAUGCUGUCACUCAUGAUUUAACUCCUACAGAAAACUGGAUCAUGCAAUUCAAGAUUUCUGUUGGAUGUAAAAUGUCGGAAAAAGUUGCCCAGAACCAAGUGCAUGUGCAGUAUUCCACUGACUUUGGAGUAAGCUGGAGCUACCUAAUACCCCAGUGCUUACCUGCUGAUCCCAAAUGUUCUGGGAGUGUUUCACAGCCAUCUGUCUUCUUUCCAACAAAAGGAUGGAAAAGGAUAACUUACCCACUCCCUGAAAGCCUCGUGGGAAAUCCUGUGCGAUUUAGAUUCUAUCAGAAAUACUCUGAUAUGCAGUGGGGCAUUGACAAUUUCUAUCUAGGACCUGGUUGUAUAGAUAACUGUAGAGGCCAUGGAGACUGUCUGAAAGAACAAUGCAUCUGUGAUCCAGGUUUCUCUGGUCCUAACUGCUAUUUGACUCAGACUUUGAAGACUUUCCUGAAGGAGCGCUUUGACAAUGAAGAAAUUAGACCAGAUUUAUGGAAGUCCCUGGAAGGAGGCACUGCUUGCAUGGAGUGUGGAAUUCUAGCAGAAGAUACAGCUCUGUAUUUUGGAGGCACUACAGUGAGACAGGCUGUCACUCAAGACUUGGAUUUGCGGGGUGCAAAAUUUUUACAAUACUGGGGCAGAAUUGGGAGUGAAAACAACAUGACUACAUGCCACAGACCAACAUGUCGGAAGGAAGGAGUUCUGCUGGAUUAUUCAACAGAUGGAGGAAUAUCUUGGACAUUGCUCCAUGAGAUGGAUUAUCAGAAAUACAUCUCCAUCAGGCAUGACUACAUCCUGCUCCCUGAAGAUGCUUUAACUAAUACAACCCGUCUGCGCUGGUGGCAGCCAUUUGUGAUUAACAAUGGAAUUGUGGUUUCGGGCUUUGAUCGUGCUCAGUGGGCUCUGGAUAAUGUAUUGAUUGGGGGAGCAGAGAUCAAUCCCAGUCAACUGGUAGACAUGUUUGAUGAUGAAGGCACUUCCCAUGAAGAAAACUGGAGUUUCUAUCCAAACGCAGUCAGGACUGCAGGAUUCUGCGGCAACCCAUCAUUUCACCUUUACUGGCCAAAUAAGAAAAAGGACCAAACACCCAAUAUCCUGUCCUCCAGGGAGCUAAUUAUACAACCAGGAUACAUGAUUCAGUUUAAAAUUGUGGUUGGCUGUGAAGCAACAUCUUGUGGAGAUCUCCAUUCUGUAAUGCUGGAAUAUACAAAGGAUGCUAGGUCAGAUUCAUGGCAGCUUGUCCAAACACAAUGCCUCCCCUCCUCUUCUAAUAGUGUUGGCUGCUCCCCAUUUCAAUUCCAUGAAGCUACCAUCUAUAACUCUGUCAACAGCUCUACUUGGAAAAGAAUAACUAUACAGCUGCCUGAUCAUGUCUCAUCCAGUGCAACUCAGUUCCGGUGGAUUCAAAAAGGAGAAGAACCAGAAAAACAAAGCUGGGCUAUAGAUCAUGUGUACAUUGGAGAAGCCUGCCCAAAACUCUGCAGUGGCCAUGGAUACUGCACUACUGGAGCCAUUUGCAUUUGUGAUGAAGGAUACCAAGGUGAUGACUGCUCUGUUUUCAGCCACGACCUUCCCAGUUAUAUUAAAGAUAAUUUUGAAUCAGCGAGAGUCACUGAAAUAAACUGGGACACCAUUCAGGGUGGAGUUAUAGGGAAUGGAUGUGGACAGCUGGCACCAUAUGCACAUGGAGACUCUCUGUAUUUCAACGGAUGUCAGAUAAGACAAGCUAUAACUAAGCCCCUGGACCUAACCCGAGCAAGCAAAAUAAUGUUUGUUCUGCAAAUUGGAAGCCUUUCACAAACUGAUAGCUGCAACACCAAUCUGAGUGAUCCUAAUACUGUUGACAAGGCUGUGUUGCUCCAGUACAGUGUAAAUAAUGGAAUUACGUGGCAAGUCAUUGCACAACAUCAACCAAAGGACUUUAUUCAAGCCCAAAGAGUGUCUUACAAUGUACCACUGGAGGCACGAAUGAAAGGAGUGUUACUUCGCUGGUGGCAGUCCCGCCAUAGUGGCACAGGUCACGAUCAGUGGGCUCUGGACCACGUAGAAGUUGUUCAAGAUGAAAAAUCCUAUAUUGCUUCUAAACCUCAUCAGGCUUUUAUGACUAAUCACAGUGCUGCAUGCAUUGAAAUACAUUUUCUAAUUUGUGUUGUAUUUCAUUAUUUGCUGUCAUUGGUUUUACACUAGAGUAAGCACUCGCAAACAAAAUUACAUGAUGAAUUUUUCACGGCAACAUGGGCUCAGGCAUUUCUACAACAGAAGACGAAGGUCACUUAGGCGAUACCCAUGAAGAACAAGACAUUUCUUUUCUUUCCCCUCCCAACUUGUGAUGUGUCGCUUUCCAUUCUUUUCAAUCUAGCACUAAAGUCUGGUUUAUCAGGACUUUUUUCUUGAUGAAUAUUUCGAAAGCUUCCAUCAAGACAGCGUUACACCACUCUUUUCGCACUGUGAUCUAAUGAGAAGUGACUUAUUUUCUCAUAGGUAAAUGUUUUUAAUGUUGAUGUGUCUGUGAAAAAUUGUGAUCUGUUGUAAUACCAAGUUACAGUGGCAGUAUUGGAAGUAAGCAACUGGCUCUGUUUUUAAUAGGAAAAAUAAGCAUACCUUUAAGCACAAAGACUUUCCAUAUUUUAUGUCAGAAGCUACAGUAUUAAGUACAAUAUUUAACAUUCUUCGUCACAUAGGUAUUUAAUUGCACUGUAUUUCGGCUCUGUAUCAUAUUUUAUAUGAUUAAGUUAUCACUGUUUGUCCUCUAUAUUCUCUUCUACAAUUUGACACGUUGGCACUGUAUUUACUUGCUAUAACAAAUUUGCUGCUGAUUUUUUGGGCUACUUUCAGUUGGAUGCUACUUGUAAAAAAAAACUAAAAUGCCUAAUCAAAAAGAUAAUUGCAGAAGUGAUUGUACAAGAUACUGAUGUCCUUCAUUCUUCCUCUUUGAUAUGUCUGUUGGUUAUUGUUGUUUUGUGGGCAAGACAAAUGCUUGACAUUUAAACCUUUUCUACUAAGCAACUAUGGAUAAAGCUCUUCCCCUUCCAAGCAGAAGCCUCUGUUUCCUCGUCCAAAAACAAAACAAUCAUCUGUGGAUGAUUUACUUACAGUAACUGCCAUUUGGUCUCUGUAGUAAUGGAGUGGUUUGUAAGCAGUGAAUGUUUCUUCGUGUUUAUUUGUGGUUUGUUUCUAUUGUGGGUCACAUUGAUAUCUUCUGGUAAUGUUGUACCUACACCAGCAACAUAAUAAUGACCCUACUGCCCUAAACUGUCUAUGGUCAUGAAUAAAACAUGUUUCACUCUACAGUGAACCAAGAUUUAAAAAUAAUCCAAUGCUUCAAUAAAAAUAAUGUCUACAAAUGA